CUCAGCUUUCGGAGCUUGGCUGCGCCUUGCGGGCAUGCCAGCGUGCUCAAAAACGCUGCGGAGCACACGAUUCAACUACACCGCCGACUCGUGCCCGUGCUCGCUCGGCGGCUGCACGUCGCUGUGGCCAUGCACCGCCUCGCGCCUCUGCUUCAAACACGAUCUGCCCUCUGCCGCAGUCGCAGCGUCCCACCGCGCUGCAGCGCUGGGCAGUGCCACCGCGAGCUCCGACCUCGAUGGUGACGGUGGCGGCCGGGGCAGCCACGGCGUCACGUACCUCUUCUUCCUCUCCUUCAACCGGUCGUUAGUGCGCAAUGCCUUUGCCUCCAACCCGUGGAAGGCGCGUGCCAGGGAAGUCAACCGCGUCCUCUGGUUCAUGCACACCGCACGAGCAGUCGGCACCCUGCUGCCCGUCCACGCCGUCGUCGCCGGCGACCGCGAUGCGGCGAGCGAGGCGAAGCUGGAGGCGGCUGGCAGUGCGGCUGCGGCCGGCGUGAGGCUGCUGUCUGGGCCGAUGGUGCCUUCCCCCGCGUGGGCCUCGAAGUGGCACCGCCUCUCCUUCAACAAGAUCGCGGCGCUCUCCUUCACGCAGUUCCGCAAGGUGGUUGUCCUCGACAACGACGUCGGCCUGCUCCGGAGCAUGGACCACAUGCUGCUCCACGCGCCCGCCCCCGCCGCCGUCUUCCACACCACCAUCGGACCGCUCGCAAAAAGGACGCCGUGCGCGGUCACGACCGGGCUGCUCGUACUUCGGCCGUCACAGCGCGCCUUUGCCCGCGCGCUCUCCACGCUGGCGGCGAUGAACUACUCACGCGAGACCUACGACGGCGGCGACGAGGAGUUCUGGCUCCGCUACUUUGCGGACGGGGCGGCGGCGGGCGAGCCGCUCUACGAGCUGCCGUGGAGGUACCACACGCACCGCUUGCUGCCGCUGCCUCCGGAAGAGUGGUACCGCGUGCGCAUGCUCCACCUCAUCGGCAGCCUGGCCGGCCGCGGCUUCUGCAUCCCGCGGAACGCGACCCGCGCCGCAGAAAUGUAUCCGACGUGGACCACCAGGACAGAGAAAUGGGGGCUGUGAACGAAGAGGUGUCAGCACAGGGUUCGCCCACCCUCUCAAACCGACUCGCACAAUCGGUCGAUUUAAAAAUAAAACAAAAA